GCUCCGGGUCGCCGAGCUGCCGCCUUCCUGCCUCUUCCCUGCGCGCUCGUCUUCGCGGACAGCUGCCGUUCCAGACCCACCAUGGACGCCCUGCGCCUGGCGAACUCAGCUUUCGCGGUUGACUUGUUCAGACAACUGUGUGCAAAGGAGCCGCUGGGCAACGUCCUCUUCUCUCCGCUCUGUCUCUCCACCUCGCUGUCUCUUGCUCAAGUUGGUGCCAAGGGCGACACAGCCAGUGAAAUUGGACAGGUCCUUCAUUUUGAAAAUGUUAAAGAUGUGCCCUUUGGGUUUCAAACGGUCACUUCGGAUGUAAAUAAACUCAGUUCCUUUUACUCACUGAAGCUAAUCAAGAGGCUCUAUGUAGACAAAUCUCUGAACCCUUCCAUGGAAUUUAUCAGUUCUACAAAAAGACCAUAUGCAAAAGAAUUGGAAACCGUUGAUUUCAAGGAUAAACUUGAGGAAACGAAAGGUCAGAUCAACAGCUCCUUUAAGGACCUCACAGACGGUCGCUUUGAGAACAUUUUGUCUGACCACAGUGUAAACGACCAGACCAAAAUCCUUGUGGUUAAUGCUGCCUACUUUGUCGGAAAGUGGAUGAAGAAAUUUCCUGAAUCAGAAACCAAAGAAUGUCCUUUCAGAGUGAGCAAGACAGACACCAAGCCAGUGCAGAUGAUGAACCUGGAGGCCACAUUCUGUUUGGGCACCAUUGAUGACGUCAACUGUAAGAUCAUCGAGCUUCCUUUUCAGAAUAAGCAUCUGAGCAUGCUCAUACUGCUGCCCAAGGAUGUGGAGGAUGAGUCCACGGGCCUAGAGAAGAUUGAAAAACAACUCAGCUCAGAGACACUGUUGCAGUGGACCAAUCCCAGCACCAUGGCCAAUGCCAAAGUCAAGCUCUCCCUUCCAAAGUUUAAGGUGGAAAAAAUGGUUGAUCCCAAGGAUAGCCUGGAAAGCCUAGGGUUGAAGAAUACCUUUAAUGAAAACACGUCUGAUUUCUCUGGCAUGUCAGAGACCAAGGGAGUAGCUCUAUCAAAUGUGAUCCACAGGGUAUGCCUAGAAAUCACCGAAGACGGCGGGGAAUCCAUCGAGGUGCCGGGGUCCCGCAUCCUGCAACACAAAGAUGAAUUCAAUGCUGACCACCCGUUUCUUUACAUCAUCAGACACAACAAAACUCGAAACAUCAUUUUCUUUGGCAAGUUCUGCUCUCCUUAGGUCGCAGAAUCCUAGUUAAGCCCUACUUGACUUGUCAGUGGGUACAGAUUGCUGUAAACUUUCUACCAGAUAGUUACUUUCUUCAUAUGACAAAUUGUCAAUGUUACUGUGUCGGGAACAGCUGGUUCUUGUCGUAGGUAAUCUUCACACCAACAGGCCCUUCUUCUCCAAAUCUUCUUUCUUUCUUUCUUUAUAGAAGCAAAAGACACAUGCUUUUAAUGAAAAGUAUAAAAAAAAAUACAUUUUUCUCCUCUGUUACUGCAUGCAGGGCAUGGCAGAAGUUAUCUUCAACACAGAGUGUUUCUAUAAGCCGAAUUUGGGAGAUUAUCCCUAGAAUGAAAUGUCUUUGUUCAAGGCGUUUUCACUUUCUGCAGGUGUUAGUAGCCUGUGGAGCAAGGACCCCUCACACCCCUCUGUGGCAUCAUGAAGUCGGGGUGCAUGGUCACAGCACUGCAGGCCCAUCAGUCCUUACAUUAAACCCUGGGUGACCAGGUUUCUCCUUAAGCUCUUGGGGGGGGAUUUUAGGAAGAUAAUAUGUUAUGAAUACUGCACUUCAUGGAACUCCAAAAAUAAGGUGUGGAACAGCAGCAGCCUGUAAGACAACACCUUCGUACUUCCCUAACAAAGUGUAAACUUUCAGAGAUGAAUACCCAUCUUAAGUGGUUAACUGUUGCUAAAAAAAAAAAUGACAUCAGUUCAUGCCAACACUGCGCAGAACUUUAAAAAGUUUUGGAACGUGGAUAAACAACUGUUGACCUAUACCCGUGGAGAGUGAGACCCAAGGGUUAGCUCAGAUGUUAGUAAAAGAUGACCUUUAGUUCUGAUAGAUGUCUCACCUGGUCAUUUGGUUGGUGCUGGAUUUCGGUGGCAGGGUCUCCUGAGUGGCUCACAAGGGUUUGGCUGUCUCUCAUCAGGGACUUAUGACCCACAGGGAGACUUAGAAUACUCAGAGAAUUUUAUGAAUGUUGAAGGAACUUUAUUAUUUGUCUAAUGUGACAGUGGGAAAAGGAACUUAAGACCUUUAGAAAGUAGAAGCAAAACUACGGGAGUACCCAUGAUGCCUAGGCACAUUUUUUUGUUUUUAGUCUGCGAGUCUAGCUGUUUUGGAUGACGAGUUUGUAAUUCACACAGCGGUACUUUGCAAAGCGGUUCUGAAUCGUUAUCUGUGCUGCAGCCUACUGUAUUAAGUCGCUGCCCAAGGGGUACAUUUGCUGCAGAUUGUGUGACGUUCUCCUCUCAACCCUUCUUUGCCAUUUAUUGUCAAUAGGUUCUUCUUGCUCUGAAGGUUCAAUAUUGAAUUUCUUCUUCGCUAUUGGCAAUAAAAUAUGAUUAAAUUA